AUGGAUCAUGCGGCGGAUGCACAUCGGACGGAUUUGAUGACCAUAACGAGGUUUGUGUUGAAUGAGCAGUCUAAAUACCCAGAAUCCCGUGGGGAUUUCACUAUCUUGCUUAGUCACAUUGUUCUCGGCUGCAAGUUUGUUUGUUCUGCUGUUAACAAGGCAGGGUUGGCCAAACUCAUAGGGCUUGCUGGCGAGACCAAUGUGCAGGGUGAAGAACAAAAGAAACUAGAUGUGCUCUCGAAUGAAGUUUUUAUCAAGGCUUUGGUUAGCAGUGGUCGCACAUGCAUUCUUGUUUCUGAAGAGGAUGAAGAGGCAACAUUUGUGGAGCCAUCUAAGCGUGGAAAGUAUUGUGUUGUCUUUGAUCCAUUGGAUGGAUCCUCGAAUAUUGACUGUGGUGUUUCUAUUGGAACUAUUUUUGGCAUUUACAUGAUCAAAGAUGGAGGUGAACCAGCAUUAGAAGAUGUCUUGCAGCCUGGAAAGAAUAUGAUAGCUGCAGGCUACUGCAUGUAUGGAAGCUCCUGCACAUUUGUUUUAAGUGCUGGAAGGGGAGUCAAUGGAUUCACCCUCGAUCCGUCUCUUGGAGAAUUCAUACUGACCCAUCCAGAUAUAAAGAUUCCCAAGAAAGGAAAGAUAUAUUCAGUUAAUGAAGGAAAUGCCAAGAACUGGGAUGGUCCAACGGCCAAGUAUGUGGAGAAAUGCAAGUUUCCAAAAGAUGGUUCAUCAGUAAAAUCUCUAAGAUACAUUGGAAGUAUGGUAGCUGAUGUCCAUCGCACAUUACUUUAUGGAGGCAUCUUUUUGUACCCAGCUGAUAAGAAAAGCCCAAAUGGAAAAUUGCGGGUUCUCUACGAAGUUUUCCCCAUGUCAUACUUGAUGGAACAAGCUGGAGGACAAGCAUUUACUGGAAAGCAGCGGGCACUUGACUUGGUUCCUGAGAAGAUUCACGAGCGCUCACCAAUAUUUCUCGGUAGCUAUGACGACGUCGAGGAGAUCAAGGCCUUGUAUGCAGCUGAAGAGCAAAAGUAG